AUGGUGGCGCUUCCAGUGAAGUGGAAGGCGGUGUCGGUGGCACCCCCAGUGGAGUGGAAGGCAGUGUUGGUAGCGCCUCCAGUGGAGUGGAAGGCCGUGUUGGUAGCGCCUCCAGUGGAAUGGAAGGCAGUGUCGGUGGCGCCUCCAGUGGAGUGGAAGGCAGUGUUGGUGGCGCCUCCAGUGGAGUGGAAGGCAGUGUUGGUAGCGCCUCUAUUGAAGUGGAAGGCAGUGUUGGUAGCGCCUCGAGUGAAGUGGAAGGCGGUGUCGGUGGCGCCUCCAGUGGAGUGGAAGGCAGUGUUGGAAGCGUCCCCAGUGAAGUGGAAAGCGGUGUCGGUGGCACCUCCAGAGGAGUGGAAGGCAGUGUCGGUGGCGCCUCUAGUGGAGUGGAAGGAAGUGAUGGUGGCGCCAGUGGAGUGGAAGGCAGUGAUGGUGGCGCUAGUGGAGUGGAAGGCAAUGAUGGUGGCGCCUCCAGUGGAGUGGAAGCCAGUGAUGUUGGCUCCACCAGUGGAAUGGAAGGCAGUGAUGGUGGCGCCUCUAGUGGAGUGGAAGGCAGUGAUGAUGGCGCUUCCUGUGGAGUGGAAGCCAGUUGAUGGUGGCGCCUCCAGUGGAGUGGAAUGA